AUGAAUAAUAUCGAGCUAACAGAUAAAUUAAUCAAUGGAAAAAAUGUAUUGACAUUUAUUAAUUUUAAAUACUUGCAACCAUAUAUAAUUUUAGUUUAUAAUCAUUUGAAAGAUAAAGAAAAUGAACAACACACAAAAAUCACAUUAAUUGGAAAUACUAAUAUAAAUAAUAAUGAGAUUGUAAUACCAGAUACAGUCGAUACUCAAUAUCAAUUAAUAAUAAUAGAUUCUUUCGCAAUAGAUUUUAAAUCCAUAUGUGUCGAGUUGUUAAACAAAUCACAAUCAUACACAAUCAAUUUUGAAAACAAUCAUCUAUUCAAAAACAACCUUGACUAUUUCAAACAAUCUCAUAUCAUUAAUAACAAACGAUAUCGUUCAAUAUCAAGAUUUACAAACAGUAAUAAUAUCAAUGAUAUUGGUAAGAUCAUUUUUCAAAAUAAUCAGAAAUCUUAUGAAAGAGCUGAGAAUGAAAUCAAAGCAAUGAAAUUACUCAAAGAUAAUCGAAAAUUUGUUCAACUUGUUGACUAUCAUCAUGAUAAAGACAAUCAAAUCUUUCAUAUCAUCACUGAAUUUUGUAAAGGUGGUGAUCUUUCCCAAAAGUAUAAACAAGUAACUGAUAUAAAUCUAAUCUUUUCAGAAUCAGAUAUCAGUAAUUAUAUUUCACAACUUUUCAAUAUUCUUUUGGAUCUUGAUAAACAUGGAAUUGUUCAUUGUGAUAUCAAACCAUCAAACAUAUUCAUUGAUGAAUCUGAUGAUUAUUGUACUUUGAUUCUUGGUGAUUUUGGAUGUUGUAAAUUCAUUGAUCAAUCAACAAUCAUUGAAUAUCAAGAUACAAAAGUAUUUUUCAAGGCACCUGUUGUCAUAACAAGUGUUUCGAAUUCGAAAGAAAUAUCAGAUCCAACUAUUUUUGAUAUGUAUUCAAACACACUUAUAAAUGCAACUCGUGGAACAAUUGGUUAUAUUUCACCAGAAGCAAUGAACAGACAAUAUGCACAAUCAUGUGACAUCUUUUCAAUUGGAUCAACAAUUCUCAAAUUAUUAUGUUGUCAUCCAGAUGAUCGAAAUAAUCAUCAACUAUUCCAAUCAACUGGUGAAAUUAAGAUUUCAGAAUGCAGAUAUUCAAAACAAUUGAUUGAAUUUAUUCAUCGAUUAUUGGAUCAGAGUCCAAAGAAUAGAGAAUCAUUGAAUCAAUUAUUAAACCAAUAUAUUGAAACCAUCACCAAUAAUCAGAUAAUUACAUUCAAUUUAAAUACUCCAUUUCACAAUACCUCCGUCAAUGUCACUGAGAUCAAUUUUGGAAAUGAAUUCAAUCAAAUAUUAUCAAUCGGUGUCUUACCUGAAUCACUUGAAUCUUUGUUAUCAGUCGAUGUCUUACCUGAAUCACUGAAAUCAUUAUCAAUGACGAACUACAUCGAUAGAAAAGAUCUACCACAACAUAUUGAAAACCUAUUUAUUCGAGGACAAAGAAUAGAUAUCGACUCAUUCUAA